UGACUCUAACAAUCUCGAUCAAAACAAAUGCAGAGUUGGCAAAGUAGUUAGAAAACUACACAGAUUAGGUUUCCACAAGCUAAUCUUCCAUAGACCAAUGAAGAGUUGACUCACCUGAUAAGAUUCUUACCUUAAAUCUUAAAGGUUUGGGGUUCUAAUCUUACCAAAUGAGGGUACUUAGGGCAGGUUAAAUAAUGAACCAAACAAAGUGUAAGAGUUGAGGUCAUGACGUCUAGUCAAAGUCUCCCUACCAUUAAAAAAAAAAAAAAAAGAAGCUAAUUUCUCAUAAGCCGAAAUCAAACUUUGUACAACCGAAUGAACUUUUACUUAGCCCAAAAAUUUGCUUACCCAAUCCAAGUAAUAACCAAACGACCUAUUUGGCACCUCUAUCAUCACGACUUAAAAAUACAGCAAGUACGCUAGACGCACAGUAGGUAGCGAAUGGAAGCCGAAAAAGAACUUUAUCUUUAACAAAUCCACCAUCACCACCUCACCCCUCUUCCAUUUCCUUCCCCUCUUCUUCUCCACCACCCUUCUCUCUCUUCCACCAAUCCCAUCUCUUUCUUCCCUCAUUUCUCAUUCACUCUUAGAGAGAGAAAUUCAUAAUCAUAGGUGGUGGAAGAGAGAGAAAAACCCCUCAAAAAUGGAGAGAUUAAUCUGCUCUUCACCAAUCCCCUCCAAAUUAAACCUUAAAUCUUACCCUUCUCUACCCCAACUCGGCCGUGUUGACCCCCGCAAACUCGGUGUUUUGCUACCACCAACCACCGAGUCAGUCCGAGUCAACUCGAUCCCUUUGAAGCGCUGCCGAUUACAGUUGAGGGCAUCUUGUUUUUCGAAUCCAACCCCAUCAUUCAAUUCAUCUUUUGACCCGUUUAAUUCAAAUGGGUCUUCUUUGGAGCCCCGUAUUGCGUCACAUUCAAACCCAAAGUUGCAAAAGGUCGUCACUGCUGCAAAAAUUAUUCUGCUUUCUGCUCUUGCAAUGACCAUCAUUAAUCCAGUCCGUACACUACCAGCAUUUGCUAGCUUACAAACUGCCUCGCCUGGGGGUGCCGUUGCAAGAGGCUUCCUUCGCACCGAAGUACUGAGUAGUGCAUGGACCGGUUUCUUUGCUGGUUGUUUGCACACAUUAUCAGGACCUGACCACCUUGCUGCUUUAGCUCCUCUGUCAAUUGGCCGCACUAAAAUGGAAAGUGCAGCUGUAGGGGCCCUUUGGGGGUGUGGCCAUGAUGCUGGGCAAUUAAUUUUUGGCUUACUCUUUCUUCUACUGAAAGAUCGUCUCCACAUUGAAAUAAUUCGAACUUGGGGCACUCGAGUAGUUGGUGUAACUCUUCUUAUUAUUGGUGCCAUGGGUAUAAAGGAAGCUUCAGAAGUCCCUACCCCUUGUGUUGCCUUAGAAAAUGGAGAGUGUGAUGUUGGUGUCUUAGAUACUGUUGAAACCCCUCUUGUUGGGAAGAAGAAAAAGAUUGGGUUUGCAACCUUUGCCACUGGGAUUGUGCAUGGGCUUCAGCCUGAUGCACUAAUGAUGGUUCUUCCGGCUCUUGCAUUGCCCUCGAGGGUUGCAGGGGCGGCAUUUUUAGGCAUGUUCUUGGUUGGAACAGUUGUUGCAAUGGGUGGUUAUACCGUAUUCAUUGGGUCGUGUAGUGAGGCAUUGAAAGAUAGAGUUCCUAGAAUAACAGAAAAGCUUACUUGGGCUGCUUCUCUGGUAGCUAUUGGCCUUGGAUUAGCUAUCAUUAUUAGUCAAUUUUUCGGCUUUAGUUUGUAUUAAUUAGUUUAUUACAUGAUAUCAAGAUAUCGAAUUGUAGGUUAUUUUUCCUCGCUGAGCAUUAGGAAAGAUUUUGGAGUGAGCAAAUUGGAUUUUCUAAAGAGAUUACGUUCAUUAUUCUUGUUUCUUAUGUUGUUUUCUGUAUGCAGUAAUGCAGUAAUUAUAGGUACCACUUUUUUUAAAACAAAGUAAUCAACUGUAACAGCUUCGACUGAAUAUUAUAUUUGUGUGCUUGUUUUACCUUUA